AUUGAGUUCAGCGUACUAUUAUUCUAGGGCAGGUGGUUAAAGCGACUUGCUUUUGUGUCCUGCCACACUGGAACAUUUCUGAGUACCGAUUCUAUUGUCUGAAGGAACCCGCUGCUCUAGCCACCAUGAGGGAGGGGAGGGGGAAUUAUUAGUCGCAUAUUAAGUUUCGCUUGGUGUUUGGCACUGAGCUCCCUGGAAUCAUCCGGAAUGUUCUGCUCAUUCAUGGAUAAGCCGAUGGAAGGCCGAGCUGCUGUAAAGUAACAGCACUGAAGGAAUUCAAGGAAAAACCACUUUGUCCCAUGCUGUGUUCAGAUUGAGGCCAGUAUGAAGAUUUUUGUUAUCCUGAACAUGGGUGGAGUUACCUCAGUGGGACCUCACCUGCUGAAUAUUUUUAGCCCCUACUUUGCACUCCAAGGUUAAAAGUCAACCCUGGAACCAGUGAGAACAGACUGGUUGCUCCACCCCCUCGUAUAUGUUUAUCUUCUCUAAUGGGAAUAAAAGCCUUGAUCCUUGUCCCUUGGAGCUGAACAGCAAUCACGACCUGUCAGAACCAUAGCCAGUUUGCUGCUUGCACCCUCAUCACCCAUGGUACCCUCCAAAUAAAGGAUCAGUUGUUGAUGCUGUGGCCAGCAUAUGUCAUAUUGAUCACACAUUCCUCCACAUACACUGUGAGAUAUACAUGGGAUAGAGAACUGAAGAAAGUCCAAUGAUAUCUUUGUCUUGCGGAUCAUAGCCCACUCCCUCCCCGCAUUCCCUCUCACGUUCUUCAGUUUACAAUGGAUGCCUUCAACUAUUGGCUGCAGGUGCAUCUGUUGUUCAGUAUCCUGCUGGGCCUUUGCUUUGGCCUGGAGUUCUCGGGGGCCCCGGGACAGUGGGCGCGGUUUCGCCGCUGGGACGCCAGCACCAGAAGCGACCUAAGCUUUCAGGUAAAGACGGGCGUGUCCAGUGCCCUGUUGCUCUACCUUGAUGACGGAGGCUACUGUGACUUCCUGCUCCUGGCGGUCUCGGAGGGCAAGCUGCAGCUGCGCUUCAGCAUAGACUGUGCCGAAACGUCUGUCGUCUCAAACCGGCGGGUCAACGAUAGCAACUGGCACUUUGUCACCAUCAGCAGGUCCAACCUCAGGACAGCCCUUCGGCUGGACAGCGAGGUCAAGUCUGACGAGGUGCAGCCACUGAGGCAGUACAUGAAGGUGGUCAGUGACCUCUUCCUUGGGGGAAUCCCACAGGACAUCCGCGGGACUGCGCUGACGCUGCCCCUGGUGAAGGAGCAGCCACUCUUCCAGGGGGUAAUCACGGACCUGAAAUAUGGCAAUGGUCAACCCUGGCUGCUUGGUAGCCAGAAGGUACGCUUGGACAUGGAGGGUCUGUGCGCCGAGAACCCCUGCGAGAAUGGGGGAAUCUGCUCGGUGGCGGACGGGGAGUAUCUGUGUGACUGCUCUAAAACUGGAUACAUCGGCCGCUUCUGCAAUGAAGAAGUCAGCCGCGUUCCAGGUUUCUCACAUAUGAUGAUGGCCGAGCAAGUGAGAGAGGAGAACGUGGCCACCUUCCGAGGCUCGGAGUACUUCUGUUACGACCUGUCCCAGAACCCCAUCCAGAGCAGCAGCGACGAGAUCACGCUCUCUUUCAAGACCUGGCAGCGCAACGGGCUCAUCCUGCACACGGGCAAGUCGGCCGACUACGUCAACCUGGCCCUGAAGGACGGGGCCGUGUCGCUGGUCAUCAACCUGGGCUCGGGGGCCUUCGAGGCCAUCGUCGAGCCCGUCAACGGCAAGUUCAACGACAACGCCUGGCACGACGUCAAGGUCACGCGAAACCUGAGACAGCAAUCAGGCAUUGGACACGCUAUGGUAAACAAACUACAUUGUAUGGUGACGAUAUCGGUAGACGGCAUUUUAACCACGACGGGCUACACCCAAGAAGACUACACCAUGCUGGGCUCAGAUGACUUCUUCUACGUGGGAGGAAGUCCAAGCACAGCAGACUUACCCGGCUCUCCUGUCAGCAACAACUUUAUGGGCUGCCUGAAAGAGGUGGUGUACAAGAACAAUGACAUCAGGCUGGAGCUGUCUCGGCUGGCUCGGAUCGUGGACCCCAAGAUGAAGAUCCAGGGCGACGUGGUGUUCAAGUGCGAGAAUGUGGCCACCCUGGACCCCAUUUCCUUUGAGACCCCAGAGGCCUACAUCAGCCUGCCCAAGUGGAACACCAAGCGCAUGGGCUCCAUCUCCUUCGACUUCCGCACCUCCGAGCCCAACGGCCUCAUCCUCUUCACCCACGGCAAGCCCCAGGAAGCCAAAGGCGCCCGCAGCCAGAGGAACGCCAAGGUGGACUUCUUCGCCGUGGAGCUCCUGGACGGCAGCCUCUACCUCCUGCUGGACAUGGGCUCCGGCACCAUCAAGGUUAAGGCCACGCAGACCAAGGUGAACGAUGGGGCCUGGUACCACGUGGACGUCCAGAGGGACGGAAGAUCAGGCACCAUUUCGGUGAACAGUCGGCGCACCCCGUUCACCGCCAGUGGGGAGAGCGAAAUCCUGGACCUGGAGGGGGACAUGUACCUGGGCGGCCUCCCGGAGAACCGGGCGGGGCUCAUCCUGCCCACCGAGCUGUGGACCGCCAUGCUCAACUACGGCUACGUGGGCUGCAUCCGGGACCUGUUCAUCGACGGGCGGAGCAAGGACAUCCGGCAGAUCGCCGAGGCGCAGAACGGGGCCGGCAUCAAGCCCUCCUGCAACAAGGUCAGCGGGAAGCAGUGCGAGAGCUACCCCUGCAAGAACAAGGGGGUCUGCAAGGAGGGCUGGAACCGCUUCAUCUGCGACUGCACGGGGACUGGCUUCUGGUCCAGGACGUGUGAGAGAGAGGCUUCCAUCCUGAGCUACGACGGGAGCAUGUACAUGAAGGUGGUGCUGCCCGCGGUGAUACACACGGAGGCGGAGGACAUCUCGCUGCGCUUCAUGUCCCAGCGGGCGUACGGCCUUCUCAUGGCGGCCACGUCCCGCGCGUCCGCCGACACGCUGCGCCUGGAGCUGGACGCCGGCCGAGUCAAGCUCACCAUCAACCUAGACUGUGUCAGGAUAAACUGUAACUCCAGCAAAGGACCGGAGACUCUUUACGCCGGCAGCAAACUCAACGAUAACGAGUGGCAUGCCGUCCGUGUGCUGCGGCGCGGUAAAAACUACAAGCUCACGGUCGACGAUGACGUGGCUGAAGGUCAGAUGAUGGGCGACCACACCCGCCUGGAGUUCCACAACGUGGAGACGGGCAUCAUGACGGAGCGGAGGUUCACGGCGCACGUGCCGUCCAGCUUCAUCGGCCACCUGCAGAGCCUCCGCUUCAACGGGCAGCUCUACAUCGACCUGUGCAAGAACGGCGACAUCGACUACUGCGAGCUCAACGCCCGCUUCGGCAUGCGCUCCAUCAUCGCCGACCCCGUCACCUUCCGGACCAAGGCCAGCUACCUGAGCCUGGCCACGCUGCAGGCCUACGCCUCCAUGCACCUCUUCUUCCAGUUCAAGACCACCUCGCCCGACGGCUUCAUCUUCUACAACAGCGGCGACGGCAGCGACUUCAUUGCCAUAGAGAUGGUCAAAGGCUACAUCCACUACGUGUUCGACCUGGGCAACGGCCCCAGCCUGCUGAAGGGGAACAACGACCGCGCCCUCAAUGACAACCAGUGGCACAACGUGGUCAUCACCAGAGACAACGGCAACACACACACGCUGAAGGUGGACGCCAAGUCUGUCAGCCAGGUGGUCAAUGGGGCCAAAAACCUGGACCUGAAAGGUGAACUCUACGUUGCUGGGCUGGGUCCAGGCAUGUACAACACCCUGCCCAAGCUGGUGGUGUCCCGGGACGGCUUCCAGGGCUGCCUGGCGUCUGUGGAUCUCAACGGCCGGCUGCCAGACCUGAUCAACGACGCCAUUUUCCGCAGCGGUCAGAUUGAGCGUGGAUGUGAAGGCCCUAGCACCACCUGCCAGGAGGACUCCUGCGCCAACAUGGGAGUUUGCAUCCAGCAGUGGGAGAACUUCACCUGCGACUGCUCCAUGACAUCCUACGUCGGGACCCAGUGCAAUGACCCGGGGACGACCUUCAUCUUCGGAAAAGGGGGAGGACUCAUCACCUACAUCUGGCCCAACAAUGAGAGGCCCAGCACCCGAACAGACCGCUUGGCCGUGGGCUUCAGUUCCACUAUCAAGGAUGGGAUCCUGGUCCGGAUCGACAGUGCCCCGGGUUUGGGAGAUUACAUCAUGCUCCACAUUGAGGAAGGCAAGAUUGCAGUCACCUUUAAUAUCGGCACGGUGGACAUCAGCGUCCGCGAAAGCUCCACCCCUGUGAACGACGGGAAGUACCACGUGGUCCGCUUCACGAGGAACGGGGGUAACGCCACGCUGCAGGUGGAUAACUGGCCAAUCAACGAGCAUUUCCCCACAGGCAGCAGUGACAUUGAACGCUAUCAAAUGGCUAAUAAGAAAAUCCCAUUCAAAUAUACCCGACCGGUAGAAGAAUGGCUACAAGAGAAAGGCCGGCAGCUAACCAUCUUCAACACCCAGGCCACCAUAUCGAUAGGCGGAAACGACCGCAGGAGGCCGUACCAGGGCCAGCUGUCGGGCCUGUACUACAACGGCCUCAAGGUACUCAAGAUGGCGGCCGAGGGGAACCCCAACGUGCGAAUCAACGGCAGCGUGCGGCUGGUGGGGGACGUGCCCUCCCUCCCCGGGGCCGCCACCACCACGUCCGUGCCGCCCGAGAUGUCCACCACCUUCAUCGAGACCACCACCACCCUGUCCACCACCACCACUCGCAGGCAGAGGUCCCCGCCUACCAUCCAGACAACGGAUGACAUCGUCUCAUCAGCGGAAUGUUCCAGCGAUGACGAGGACCUUGAAGAGUGUGACUCGGGACAUGCAGGAGGUGAACUAGUAAUCCCUGUACUCGUGGAAGACCCUGUAGACACCCCCCCCAUAGCAACCCGUACCCCCUCCAUCCCCCUUCCCCCGACCCUCCGUCCCCUCCUCACCGUUAUCGACACCACCAAAGAGCCCUUGCUCCUGGCGACGGCGGCGGGGUUCCCAUGCUUGUCGGACCAAGGCGAUGCUUGUAUUGAUGGUGAUGGUGAUGAUAAUGGUGCUGAUGAUAAUGAUGAUGAUGAUGAUGAUGAUGGCAUGGUGGUGUCUGGGUUUGGCUCUGGGGAAGCGUUCGACUCUAGCCUGCCCCCCACAGAUGACGAAGAUUUUUUCACCACCUUCUCCCUGGUAACAGAUAAGACCUUGUCCACGUCGGCCUUCGAAGGAGGCUACAAAGCACAGGCGCCCAAGUGGGAGGCCAAGGACUUUAGGCCAAACAAGGGCUCCGUCACGCCUCCGCCCCCCGAGCCGAGGGGCUCCACCUCCUCGUCCUCCGCGCGCGACGCUCCGCCCAAGCUGCCCGCCGGGAAAAUGAACAACCGCGAGCUGAAACCGCAGCCGGACGUGGUGCUGCUCCCUCUGCCCACCUCCUUUGACACAGACAGCACCAAGCCCAAGGGCACGGUGAUAACCUCCCCCAUGUUUCGCAACGUGCCCACGGCGAACCCCACGCAGUCGGGCGUCCGGCGCAUUCCGGGGGCCUCCGAGGUGGUCCGCGAGUCCAGCAGCACCACCGGGAUGGUCGUGGGCAUAGUGUCCGCGGCCGCCCUCUGCAUCCUAAUCCUCCUGUACGCCAUGUACAAGUACAGGAACCGGGACGAGGGCUCGUACCAGGUGGACGAAACGCGGAACUACAUUAGCAACUCGGCCCAGACGAACGGCAUUGUGGUGAAGGACAAGCCGCAAAGCGCCAAAGGCAGCAGCAAAAGACCGAAAGACAAGGACAAAGAAUAUUAUGUGUAAAAAUAAAUAAAUAACAUACGUAAAAUGUAAAAAAAAAAAAAAUAAAUACACAAAAAUAUUUAAAAUAAAAACAGAACUAUGCUAUGGAACGAUUACACACCGGGAUUUGUGGUCUGAAGGAGAAAAUCAACCCAAAAACUUUUUUUGGCGUGAACGACAAAAUGUACUGUAUUAUAAAGCACACUUACUAUUGUAAGGAUAUAGAUGGUGAAGGCUGACAGUGGCUCUAGUACUCCUCUGUCUUGGUGGGAGAAGUCAUGGAUGUAGAAAAUUUUACAGCUACAUCAUUAUCCUGGGUGACUUUGAGAGCCGUGUGGUCCUUGGCGUGAGUCCUUGUUUCUCGUACCCCUGUAAAAGAAACAAUUUGGCCAUAAUUUUAAGCAUGUGUGUGACAUGUACGUGACGAGUAGUGUUGGCAUCUUUCCAAGAGUGGGUUGAAAAAAAGCUGAUCUUUGUUGCUUAAACACGUUACCUUUUGCCAUAAAAAGACAAAUUAGCAAUGUUUCCACAUUAUGAUGUCUGAUAUAUGUUUCAAAAGUGUCCAGCUGUAUAACAUGCAGUAAAGAGCAAACACGUGGUGGAGACAGGUCUACGGUGACCUUGCAGCAGUGAUAUCUGCACACAUCCAGUCACAUAAGUAGAGAGAAUUCAAAGUUUUUUUUUUCCUCUCUCCCGUCUGGGUUGUCAUCUGAUCACAGUGCAUGCCAUCUAAAUGCGACCUCCUGUUCAACCUUUUGUGAACAGAUCUACCCGACCAAAUUGUUUGACACCAGAACUAACCUCCUUAUUUCUUGAUUUUUUUAAUAAGCAACAAAAAUAGUUCCAGAUAUAUAUUUUUUAUUUUUCACCCGUUAUAAUUCUGCUUCAUUCUGUGUGUUGUUCUAUUUCCACUUUGUCCUUGUUCAUUACGUUUUUUUUUCUUCUUUUAGCUGUGACAAAAAUUUCUCUCUGACGGAGGCCUACAAAAGAAUUAACACUGUUAAUGACAUUCAAAUGGAAAUUAAUCCAAUGUGAAAAGUGUGAAUUCUAUCUGUUGUCACAGUCAGCUGUGUCAAACAAAUUUGUUUACAUAUUUUAUUACAUGAUAGCUGUUGUACUUUGUAGUUCAAUAAUGUAUAUAACAUUUGAGUUUGGUUUUUUUUGUAAUCUUAUUGUAUAGAUUGAUCAUUUGGUUUAUCCGUGUAUUUCAUUAAGAAAAUUAAAAGUUAUUUGACAUGAAGAAAGACUGGAGCAACAAAACUAUAUCAAGAUUUUAUAAAGCAGGGGGAGAGUGCACUGGAGAUCACAUCUUUCUCGCUGAUGUUUCUAAGGCGCAUGAAUAUUUGUCCGUUAGAAGUUGUCAGUCAAAAUGUAAACAGACCUUCUCAACUGUUUUGGGGGUGUCAUUAUCAAUAAUUACUUUUUGUUAUGAUUUUUUAAAAUUUAAUUUUAAAAGAUAAAAUAUCAUGAAGAGAUCAAGGUGGGUGCCCACACGCAGCUCAAACAGAAAUGUCGUGUGACUUUGCCUCCGUGUGCGUUCUCACAGACGUCUCCCAUCCUGUGAAACAAUUCCCUUCUGUUUCAUCUGAUUUACUGCUCAUAUAUGUUUGUGUAUUGUUUUUUUGUGCAAUGUCAUUUAAUUUAAUCAUUUUGGUCAAUUUGUGCUGAUUGUUAGUGGACUUUUUAUUAUUUCAUGGUGUUUUUUUUAUCCAAAUUCAAGUCAGUGUGUAUAUUUAUUUAAUUUUGUGUUGUUACUGUUUUUAUCUCAUUGGUUAUUAAUUUGGCUUCUACAAUCCAGUUUUUUUUUUUUUUGUUUGUUUGUUUUUUUUUUGUUUUUUGCUUAGCAAUAAAAUGUUCUUCCCAAGGUUUUCAA